AUGGCAGACCCCGCAGCUCCACCCGGCGUCACCCUCCGCCCCGCCACCGAAGCCGACGUCCCCGCAAUGCUCGGGCUGAUGGACACCGCCAUCGCCUGGCUCGUCUCCCAGGGCCGAACCGGCCAAUGGGGCGACGGCAAGGAGGCCUCCAUCAGCAACCCGGCCCGCGUCGCCCAGUUCGACGACCUAGCCCGGCCCAACUCGCCCAUCGGCAGCAGCUGGGUCGCCGCGACGGACGCCGGGAUCAUCAUCGGCGCCCUCAGUGUCGGCGCCGCGCCCGACUACGUCCGCCCCGCCGCGGGGCCCGAGCUGUACGUCCGGCUGCUGAUCACGGACCGGGCGUGGAAGGGCCGCGGCCUCGGCGCUUUCCUGGUCGCCAGGGCGCGGGCGCUGGGGCGCGCCGCCGGCGUGCCCGUCCUGCGGGUCGACUGCUACGCCGGCGGGGACGGAAAGCUGGUGCGGUGGUACGAGUCCGUCGGGUUCGAGAGGGUCGAGACCUUCGAGGCGAAGGGGGGCACGUGGCCUGGCCAGGUGCUCGUGAUGCGUCUGGGAGAGGACGGUCUGGGGCAGAGUUGA